CCCUGGAAGGCCGGAGACGGGCUCCGGGAGCCGGUCGGGUCCCCGGGACCGCAGAGCCCCCGCGGGGCAGCGGCGGAGAAGACCGAGUCUCUGUCCUCGCCAGGAUGCACAACGCGUCGUACUGGGGGCCGGAGCGCGCCAACACGUCGUGCCCUGAGCCCGCGCCCACGCUCGGCUGCCCCAAUGCGUCCGGGCUGCCGCCGCCGCUGCCGCCGCCGCUGGCCGUGGCCGUGCCCGUUGUGUAUGCGGUGAUCUGCGCUGUGGGGCUGGCGGGCAACUCGGCGGUGCUGUUCGUGCUGCUGCGGGCGCCGCGCAGGAAGACCGUCACCAACCUGUUCAUCCUCAACCUGGCCGUGGCCGACGAGCUCUUCACGCUCGUGCUGCCUGUCAACAUCGCGGACUUUCUGCUGCGGCGCUGGCCCUUCGGGGAGCUCCUAUGCAAGCUCGUCGUGGCCGUCGACCAGUACAACACCUUCUCCAGCCUCUAUUUCCUCACGGUCAUGAGCGCCGACCGCUACCUGGUGGUGCUGGCCACCGCUGAGUCGCGCCGGGUGGCCGGCCGCACGUACGGCGCCGCGCGCGCGGUGAGCCUGGCCGUCUGGGGGGUCGCGACGCUGGUGGUGCUGCCCUUCGUGGUGUUCGCGCGGCUCGACGAGGAGCAGGGCAGGCGCCAGUGCGUGCUGGUCUUCCCACAGCCCGAGGCCUUGUGGUGGCGCGCGAGCCGCCUCUACACGCUGGUGCUCGGCUUCGCCAUCCCCGUGUCCACCAUCUGCGUCCUCUACACCUCGCUGCUGUGCCGGCUGCGCGCCAUACGCCUCGACAGCCACGCCAAGGCCCUGGACCGCGCCAAGAAGCGGGUGACCGUCCUGGUGGUGGCCAUCCUGGCCGUGUGCCUCCUCUGCUGGACGCCCUACCACCUGAGCACCGUGGUGGCGCUCACCACCGACCUCCCGCAGACGCCGCUGGUCAUCGCCGUGUCCUACUUCAUCACCAGCCUGAGCUACGCCAACAGCUGCCUCAACCCCUUCCUCUACGCAUUCCUCGACGACAGCUUCCGCCGGAGCCUCCGCCAGCGGCUGGCAUGUCGCGCCGCCUGCUGA